UGAGAACCUGAUACAACUUCAAAAUGUUUAACAAAUCGUUCGGGACGCCUUUUGGAAGCAGCACGGGGGGCUUUGGGACAACGUCAACUUUUGGACAGAAUACCGGUUUUGGCACGACAAGCGGAGGUGCCUUUGGGACGUCUGCUUUUGGGACAAACAAUAACACAGGAGGACUCUUUGGGAGCACGCAGGCCAAGCCAGGAGGGCUGUUUGGUUCAAGCACGUUCAGCCAGCCGGCCACCUCUUCCACCAGCACCGGCUUUGGGUUUGGAACGUCAACGGGAACUUCCAGCGGCUUAUUUGGGACUGCAAGCACCGGCGGGGGCCUCUUCUCAUCCCAGAACAAUGCCUUUGCACAGAGCAAACCCGCGGGGUUCGGCAACUUCGGGACAAGUACGAGCAGUGGUGGUUUAUUUGGAACCACGAACACCACCUCCAACCCAUUUGGGGGUACAUCUGGCUCCCUUUUUGGAUCAACCAGCUUUACCACUGUUCCAACUGGCACCACCAUUAAAUUCAAUCCCCCAACUGGCACUGACACCAUGGUCAAGUCUGGAGUCAGUACAAACAUCAGCACAAAACAUCAGUGUAUUACGGCAAUGAAGGAAUACGAAAGUAAAUCUCUCGAGGAACUUCGCUUGGAAGAUUAUCAAGCAAACCGCAAAGGGCCCACCAACCCUGUAGGAGCUGGAGCCACUCCAGGGCUGUUUGGAUCGUCUACAGCUACAUCCAGCGCUGCCACGGGGCUCUUUGGCUCCUCCACUACUAACACCGGCUUUUCGUACGGGCAGAAUAAAACGGGCUUUGGAACCAGUACCACAGGUUUUGGAGCAGGAGCAGGGAGCCUCUUUGGGCAGCCGCAGCAAACCACCAGCCUCUUCAACAAGCCCUUUGGUCAGCCGACAACGGCACCGAACACCGGCUUUUCAUUUGGGAACACCGGCACCCUCGGACAGCCCAACACGAACACCAUGGGCCUGUUUGGAGCGACGCAGCCGUCGCAGACUGGAAGCCUCUUUGGAACCGCUGCAAAUACGAACACGGCAACUGCCUUUGGAACCGGGACGGGUCUCUUCGGAUCAGCCAACACAGGGUUUGGUGUUGGCGGCUCGUCCCUUUUUAGCAACAAGCCUGCUGGAUUUGGAACCACAACCACCAGCGCACCCUCCUUCGGAACAACGACCGGCAGCCUCUUCGGGUUUGGAGCAAACACCACUGGGAAUAGCCUGUUUGGAAACAAGCCUGCGGCUGGGGCUCUGGGAACCGGACUUGGAACCGGAUUUGGGACAGCUCUUAGCGCAGGGCAGACUUCAUUAUUCGGGAGCACCCAGCCCAAACUAGGAGGCACUUUGGGGACAGGAGCAUUUGGGGCCCCUGGAUUUAACACAACGGCCAGUCUGGGCUUUGGAGCCCCCCAGCCUACUGUGGCUCUGACAGACCCGAACGCAUCAGCAGCCCAGCAAGCAAUUCUUCAGCAGCACCUCAACAGCCUGACUUACUCGCCUUUUGGGGAUUCUCCUCUCUUCAGAAACCCCAUGUCUGAUCCGAAGAAGAAGGAAGAGAGACUGAAGCCGACCAAUCCCGCAGCCCAGAAGGCAUUGACCACGCCCACUCACUACAAGCUGACCCCUCGUCCUGCGACGAGAGUGCGGCCGAAAGCUUUGCAGACAACAGGAUCCUCAAAAUCCCACCUCUUUGACGGUCUGGAUGAUGAUGAGCCGGCCCUGUCCAACGGGGCUUUCAUGCCCAAGAAAAGCAUCAAGAAGCUGGUUCUGAAGAACCUCAACAGCAGCAGUCUGUUUUCUCCUGUCAGCGGUGAAGCCGAAGACCUCGCCUCUCCCUCCGAGUAUCCAGAAAACGGGGAACGAUUCCACUUCCUCUCCAGGUCAGUCGACGAGAACCACCGGCCAGACGGAGAGGAGGAGGAGGAUCGCCACGAGGUGACCAGCUUCUACACCAACCCCAUAGCGAAGCCCAUCCCGCAGACCCCAGAGAGCAUCGUCCACAAGCACCAGAACCACGUGGACGACACCAUCAUGGCCCUGAACAUGCGAGCUGCCCUGCGGAAUGGGCUGGAAGGCAGCAGUGAAGAUGCCUCCUUCCACGAGGAGUCCCUGCAGGAUGACCGGGAAGAGGAGCACGAGAACCUGCUCCAGGCCCACCCAGCAGGGAUUAGUUUAACCCGAGUGGGCUACUACACGAUUCCGUCGAUGGAGGAGCUGGCCAGAAUGACAAAUGACAAGGGGGAGUGCGUGGUGACAGACUUCACGAUAGGCCGUAAAGGCUAUGGCUCCAUCUACUUUGAAGGAGAAGUCAAUCUGACGAAUCUGGACCUUGAUGAGAUUGUGCACAUCCGCAGGAAAGAAGUUAUCGUGUACCCAGACGAUGAGCUGAAGCCGCCCGUUGGAGAAGGUCUAAACAGGCAAGGCCAAUUCACUUUGGACGGUGUUUGGCCGACUGACAAAACCUCUCGUGCCUUGAUCAAGAGCCCGGAGCGCCUGACAGAGAUGAACUACGAGGGCAGGCUGGAGGCUGUUUCUCGGAAGCAGGGUGCCCAGUUCAAGGAGUACCGCUCAGAGACCGGCUCGUGGGUAUUCAAGGUGGCCCACUUCUCCAAAUAUGGCUUGCAAGAUUCUGACGAGGAGGAGGAGGAGCACCCAUCCAAAGCAGAGGCGAAGAAGCUAAAGACUGCCCAGGCGCCCCCACUGGGCCUGUCCCAGCAAGUGGCUCUGAGUGGGAAGCCGGGGCCCUCCUCUCAGAGCCCAGACAUUGAACAGCUGGGGAAGGGCGUUGAGCUCGACAGCGAUAUGGCAGAUGUCACUCAGGAAGCUGCUGCAGAGUUUGCUGCAGAGGAGAGCCUGGGGGAAGAGCUGGACCUCAUGCCGGCAUCCACGCACAUCGCAUCCUCUCUGGAAAUCAACCCUCACACCUUGCAGAUCAUGAAGGCUUCCUUGCUUGUCGAUGAGGAUUUAGACCUGAUCCUAGAUCGUGGUUUUGGUAGGCAGCUUACCCCUGUGGACACCCCCCAAGCUAUCUGUUCUCCUAGAGUUCCAAUCUCCGCUUCGUCACGAGGACAGAGAAGCCAUUCCUCAGUCGGUGGGCUGCUGCAGUCAAGACUCUCAAGCGGAUCCUUCCUCCUUCCAUCUGCUUCCCUCCAAGAUGGCCGCAACCUGAGGACUUCCUCGCUCGGCGGUGCCCCGCCCAUGCCGCCCUGGCCCAUGCUCUCUUCGCUCACUUCUGCUUUCACAGUAUCCCGGUCUGCGCCCGACCCGUCAUUGAAAGUUGUGGGGGUCCGCAGGCAGCCCGGCCUGGUACCCCUUGAAAAAUCCGUUGCCUACGGGAAAGGAAAGCUCCUGAUGGACAUGGCGCUCUUCAUGGGGCGCUCCUUCCGUGUCGGCUGGGCACCCAACUGGACUCUUGUCCACAGUGGGGAGCAGCUGAGCAGUCUCAGUAAUCCGGAAGACAACCCUGAGGAGUCCAUGGAGUACGGAUUCCUGCCGGCACCCGUGGCUCCAAAGCCGCUCUCGGAGUCCCCCUUCAAAGUUCACGUGGAGAAACUGAGUUUGGAAGGGAGGACAGCGGACGGGGACCACCACUUGUACCUCAUUCCGUUGGAGAUCAAGCUAAAGCACAGCACAGUCCACAUGGAUGAGCCCUGUCCUUUCCUGGCCCCAAACCCUGGAGUGACGGCCAUCCACGAGUACGCCUCAUGGGCCAGAGAGGCAUCUGGAGACCCAGAGGAAAGGGAAGCUGUGGUCAGGCACUGGUGCUUGGUGUGGACCUUGUGUGAGGCGCUUUGGGGCCGCCUGAAGGAGCUGGAGGCCCACUUGGAGGAGCCCAGUGAGUACAUGGUGGCCCUGGAGCGCCGGAGGGCCUUCUCCCAGUGGCUCUCCCAGACGGCUUCCGAGCGGAUCGAGGACGAGGUUUCUGCCAGCCAGCACGACAGUCCUGCAGAGGCGGUCUUCAGCUGCCUAACCGGGAAGCGGAUCAGCGAAGCCUGUGGGCUGGCACAACAGUCUGGGGAUCACCGGCUGGCGCUGCUCCUCUCCCAGCUGGUUGGCAGCCAAGAGGUUCGGGAGCUCAUGGCCAUGCAGUUAGCGGACUGGCACCAGCUGCAGGCAGAUGGGUUCAUCCAGGAAGAGAGGCUGCGUAUCUUUGCCCUGCUAGCUGGCAAGCCGGUGUGGCAGUUGUCAGAGAAGAGAAACAUCAAUGUCUGUUCCCAGCUGGACUGGAAGCGCACUGUUGGCGUCCACCUCUGGUACCUGCUUCCCUCCACUGCACCCCUUUCCCAGGCCCUCAGUAUGUACGAAGCUGCAUUCCAGGACUCCUCGGCGUGUGACAAGUAUGCUUGUUCUCCGUUGCCACCCUAUCUAGAAGGCUCGGACUGUGAGCUGGAGGAAGGCAACUCACAGCGCCCCGUGCAGGACGUCUGCUUUCACCUCUUAAAGCUGUACAGUGACAGGUGCUAUGAUCUCCAUCAGUUGCUGGAUCCCAGGAGCAUAACUGCCGACCCCUUAGACUACCGUCUCAGCUGGCACCUGUGGGAAGUGCUGCGUGCCUUAAAUUACACCCACCUGUCGGAGCAGUGCCAGGGAGUGCUGAAUGCCAGCUACGCAGCCCAGCUCGAGAGAGAGGGUCUGUGGGAAUGGGCAGUCUUUGUGCUCCUUCACACGCCCAACGCACACAUCCGCGAGAGGGCAGUCCGGGAGCUCUUGGGCCGCCACUGCCUGCUGUCGGAGACCCCCGACUCCUGGGCCAAGGAGGCCUUCCUCAUGGAGCGGCUGUGCGUGCCGCCAGAGUGGAUCUAUGAAGCCAAGGCGGUGAGGGCCAGGAUGCAGGUGGACAAGCACAAGGAGGCCCUGUACUUAGCCCGAGCUGGGCACUGGAACCCAUGUCACAGGCUGGUUGUCAAGCACUUGGCAGCAGAUGCCAUCAUCAACGAAAACUACACUUACCUGAAGGGGUUCUUGGAAGACAUGGCCGCCCCAGAGCACAGCCGGCUGAUCCAGGACUGGGAGACGGCUGGGCUGGUUUUCCUGGACUACAUCCGCGUCAUUGAGAUGCUUAGCAGGAUUCAGCAGCUGGAUUGCUCUGGGUACGAGCUGGAGGAUUUGCACACCAAAGUGACGUCCCUCUGCAACAGGAUUGAGCAGGUCCCUUGCCGCAGCGCCAAGGACAGAUUGGCUCAGUCCGAAAUGGCCAAGAGCAUCGCCAACAUCUUGCGCGUGGUGCUGAGCCUGCAGCACCCUCCGGACUCUGUCUCAGACUCCACCCCCGACAUCCAGAGAGUGCCAUUGCGCUUGCUCGCCCCCCACAUCGGCCAGCUCCCCAUGCCCGAGGACUACGCCUUGGAGGAGCUCCGCGGCCUCACGCAGUCCUACCUGCGGGAAUUGACUGUGAUGCAGUGA